CGUCCGUCAUGAUGGUAGCCUGCGAACAUCGCCUAUUUCUGGCGACGUGCGGCGUGAAACAAAAGCCAGAAAUCCCUCGCGUGUUCGCACCGCAGGCCUUUUCGCGCGAAAGCUUUCGUCAUUCACACUUUGCUAUUAUGUGACUGGUCUGUUCAACGGAGCGCAAACAAACCACAAACACAAAAGGAAAAGAAUGUUGUUCGGAUGUGAGCAGCCGUUUCUUUGGGGGGAGCGUUGCUUGACAUCCCAAAAAACGGCUGCGGAGGAGACUACACCGGAGGUAGUUCUUUCUCGUUACUGAAUGCAAUAAGUUUUUACCGAUUCUGUGCCACUCUACAAGAACGAAAGUUGAGUCUGGUUCAUUAAAUCAAGAAAAAUCGUCGUUUUGUGCAUGAAAGGAAAAGCAAUGGAACUACAAGAGAACCAGAAGACACCUGAGCCUUAUGCUCAACCACUGCCCCAGAAGAGAGCAAGAGCCCUUGGUUUAUCUUACCUUAUCGACGAGAACCCGCCAUGGUACGCUUGCUUAUUGUUGGGUUUCCAGCAUUACUUGACCAUGUUAGGAGGAACACUGGCGAUUCCCUUCCUUUUGAGUGGUCCAAUGUGUUUUGCGAAUAACACGCUUGCCAUAAGUGAAGUACUGAGCACUAUAUUCUUCGUUUCUGGUCUUGUAACUUUACUACAGUCUACGUUUGGAGUCAGGCUCCCCAUCGUACAAGGAGGAACUUUUGCUUUUCUUGCUCCGACGUUUGCCAUUUUGUCUCUACGUCAGUGGGAAUGUCCCGGAACUAAAGAAAAUGAUAACUCAACUGAUAGCUCUACGAUCAAUGACGACGACAUUUGGAAAAGGAACAUGAGAGAGAUCCAAGGCGCCAUAAUCGUCUCGUCACUGUUUCAAAUCGUGAUUGGUUUCACUGGCCUCAUUGGUAUUCUUCUUCGCUUUAUUGGACCGCUGACCAUUGCACCUACAAUCACUCUGGUGGGCGUGGCACUCUUUCAUGUGGCAGCCGAACAUGCGGGAAACCACUGGGGAAUUUCAAUGACGACUAUCGUCUUCAUAGCACUGUUUUCCCAAUACCUUACCAAGGUUGAGAUUCCAGUUCUCGAAUAUAGCAGAACGAGAGGUUUUCAUGUUGGCCGCUACCCAUUGUUCAGAUUAUUUCCAGUGAUUCUGGCAAUUGCAGCUUCGUGGAUAAUUUGCGCCAUCAUCACUGCAGCCGGAGGGUUUCCUUCUGAUCCCAGCAUUCCUCAGUACAUGGCGAGGAUUGACGCCAGGACUGAUGUGCUAAAAGAAGCCAAAUGGUUCAGAUUUCCGUAUCCAGGUCAGUGGGGCACGCCUACGGUCAGUCUUGCAGGAGUGUUUGGGAUGCUUGCUGGGGUGUUGGCCUCCAUUAUUGAGUCCGUGGGAGAUUACUACGCCUGCGCGAGAUUAUCAGGAGCACCUCCUCCGCCAAAACAUGCAAUCAACCGCGGAAUAGGAAUGGAAGGAAUUGGAUGUCUCUUGACGGGAGCUUUUGGUAGUGGAAAUGGUACAACCUCGUACAGUGAGAACAUUGGAGCCAUUGGAAUUACAAAGGUUGGAAGUCUUCGUGUUAUCCAGUUUGGAGCUCUUGUAAUGAUGGUUCUUGGUGUUCUUGGUAAAAUUGGCGCGUUAUUCGUCAGCAUUCCAGAUCCCAUUGUUGGUGGAGUUUUUAUGGUCAUGUUUGGAAUGAUUGCUGCAGUUGGCAUCUCGAAUCUGCAGUUCGCUGACAUGAAUUCCUCCAGAAACUUGUUCAUCGUUGGAUUUUCCAUUGUGUUUGGAUUAGCUCUGCCACAUUACAUGAAGACUCACCCGAACGCGAUUGACACAGGAGUUUCAGAAAUCGACCAGAUACUGACGGUCCUGUUCUCAACAAGCAUGGCAGUGGGUUGUAUCGUUGCAUUGAUUCUGGACAACACCAUUCCUGGUACCAUUGAGGAACGCGGGCUCAAGGCUUGGAGGCAACACCUGUCAGAUGACAGUGACGAGUUUCAAACAGCUUCUAUUAAAGUCUAUGAUCUGCCGUUUGGUCUCAAUCGCAUCAGUGACUACAAAGUGGCUAAGUAUUUGCCUUUUCUGCCGUACAACAAUGAUCGCUCGCCAGCAGCCGAUGUGGAGCUAAAUCGAUGGCGUUGCUGCUAAGCUGUAGAAUAUGUGAGAAUUUUAACGCGUUUACAAGAGUGAGAACCUUAACUUUUAGUUAGCUGAGUAAUGUCUAUAAUAAUGUACAUUAUUGCAUAGACACGUGUUUUAUUCAAAUACACUACCCACAAAACUCGUACGAAAUUACAUCUGGAAAGCAAGUGGAGUAUUUUCCAAAUCCUCCCUGGUGAGGUUAUUGGUGACGUCUUUUCUAGCUUUUUCACGGUUGUUUGUGCAAUCAGUCAGUUUGUCUAAAUAAUAAAUAGAAAAUUGCACUGUCGUUUGAAGAAAUGAAUCUUAUUUUCUUGUGUUACAAGCAAUAUCUUACUCACUCGCUGCACGCUGACCCUAAGUUAGUCAGAUAGAAAGCCAUAUAUCGACCACUACUUUAAUUUGUCAUACAGACAAUUAUACAAGCUACGAUAUUGAAGAGACAUUUAGAAAGGAAAUAAACGAAUGUUACUGCUACUGUU